AUGCUGGCCGUCGGCCAGACCAUAGCUAUGUUGAUAGACCUUAACUGUGGAACUGGAAGAUCACCGACUGCCCAGCCUACCACCACCUGCUGCUUUUAUGGCACAUUGCUCCCCUCCCAACCUGCUCUGGCUGUGCCUCGAGCUCUCACGCGAGCCCUCAGCAUCCCCCCUGGCUGCCCAGCCACACACCUGCAGUCCUCGCCGGGCGACGAGCCCCACUCCAGCGGUGACUCCCUGCAGUUGAGCCGCCUCAGGCCGGUACAUCCAGCCUUAGGAUUCAAAGCUUCAGAGAAGUUACCCGGCGCUGGGACCCUGCCCGCUCCAGGGAACUACAAGCCUCGGCUCGGCUCGGCCGGUGUACCUGCGCUGAGCAUCAUAAGCCCUCAGAGUAAGAUUAACAUCAAGGGGGGGUAUGGGGGGCGGGGCAGGGUGCCCUACCUUAGUGCAGCCUCAGGCACCACCAUCUCCCACGCCUUUGGUGUCCUUGGCCCGGAUGGUCUGGUCUAUGCAGUUGAGUUUUCCCACCACUCUAGCCGUGACCUCAUCAACUUGGCCGACAAGAGGACCAACACGAUCCCUGUGAUUGAAGGUGCUCGGCGCCCACACGAACACUGUACGCUUAUCGCAGUGGUGGAUGUGAUCUUUGCCGAUGUAGCCCAGCCAGACCAAACGCAGAUUGUGGCCCUGCAUGCCCACACCUUCCUGUGGAAUGGAGGACACUUUGUGAUUUCCACUAAGGCCAACUGCAUUGACUCCUCAGCCUCCGCGGAAGCUGUGUUUGUGUCUGAGGUGAGGGAGACAGAGCAGCAGGAGAACGUGAAUCAGGAACAGUUGACAUUAAAGCUCUGUGAGGGAGACCACGCUGUGGUUGUGGGUGUGUACCGGCCACCUCCCAGGGCGAAGAAUUGA